AUAUAUAAAAAUGAGAACUGAGAGGCUGAGAGUCAUGAAGACACUCAGGUGUGAAGCCAUGAGGAGUUUGUGUUGGAGCGCCGCCGUUAUCAUCUGCUUUGCACUGGCAGAUGUCUCUGGAUACACAAUCAUUAAUGGAAAGGAAACCAAAGCCCACAGACGGCCCUACAUGGCCUCUCUGAGAAAUGCGAAAGGAGAGCACAUCUGCGGAGGGUUUCUAAUUCUCCCCAACUACGUCUUGACAGCCGCCCAUUGCUAUGAAGAGCCCAUCAAAGUUCUUCUGGGAGCUCAUGAUGUCUCUAAAAAGGAGAAGUCCUGGCAGAUGAUACCAGUGCAGAAAUUCUUCCAUCACAAAAAAUAUAAUAAUAAGACCCAUGAAAAUGACAUCAUGCUUUUAAAGUUGAAGCACGAUGCCAAAAUGAAAGAUGAAGUGAAAAGCAUCAGCAUCCCCGAGAGAUAUGAGCACAUCAAGCCUGGCACUCGCUGCGUUGUGGCAGGUUGGGGUAGAACCACGUGUAAUGGAUCGUCAAGCAAGGUGCUUAGAGAGGUGGAGGUGGUCAUCCAGGAAAAAUGCAAAUUUGCAUCGGACAUCUGCACAAGAGGCACUGGGACCAUGGGGGCCUGCAAUGGAGAUUCAGGAGGCCCCCUUAUUUGUCUGGAUAAAAUAAGAAAAUCUAAAGCAGUGGGGAUUGUGUCAAAUCGAGGUGACGAAAACUGUGAAGAUCCUAACCAUAAAACUGUCUUCACAAAUGUGGCACUGUACUGGGAUUGGAUCGAAGGUCAAAUCUUGAAAAGCUCUGCUGCAUAAAAUCCAGUCCGCAGCCAAGAUUAGGCUCCUGAUCCCACAUGAAGUGGAUGUCUCCCCUCAUUUUCUCCCCCACACAUGCAGUGGGAACAGAUGAUUCAUUUCAACCUAUCUAAUUCAAUAAAGUGCAUAGCUGAG